CUUCCUUGGCAACAAGAAGCUUGCUCACCAGACGACGUAGUGACUGUUAGCAUGUAGCUAAGUGCUUCCUUGGUAAACGUUUUCGAAAUAACUUCUAUUAGUACUUAUAGUUAUUUAAGCAUAGUUAUAUUUUGUCGUAUGUGUUCAAGUGUCUGACGUUUUUUUAACCGAGCGACGUAAGAAAAAGACUUCAAGUUAACGGUCAAGCUAACAUGAUUAAAUAAGUAGCUGGCUAAUUAGCUACACCUGGCGAGUUCAGCGCAGCAUGUCUCUGUUGACGAAAUGAAUUCCCGCCGUUGGUUUCGUUCACUUCACAUAUUUAUCGUCUUGUGUGGACGUUUGGCCCACGCAGCCACAGACUCCGGACUCACUUCCACCGUCAGUUCCACCCCAACUAAUGGGGAGCCUUCCAGCCCAGCCACCCCUUCUCCGGGCGGGAUGGAGGACCCGAACUCCACGGAGGAAGUUGCUCUGGAUCCCACAGUGAAUUCCACGGAGGAAGUUACAUGGAAUUCCACUGAGAACUCCACGGUGACCCCGACGCUGUCAGUGUCUGAAGAGCCCACUGUGGACACGGAGGCUCCGUCUGCACCCACCGUCCAGCCUACCGUGACUCCACAGGCUUGUCUUUGUGAUUUGACGCCUGGUUUUUGUGACAUUGGCUGCUGUUGUGACACAGCUGAUUGCGAUGUUGCUAAUUUGAGUACUGUCUUCACUGGAUGUCCUCAAAAAGCCAUAUCAGGAGUUUGCAUUGAGAAAUGGCUUAUGUUCAGAGCCAAUGUGGAGUCAUCUCUUAUCACUGUGACGGACUCUUUGUUUUGUGUCCGGCCUGAAGAAAAAGCACCCCAGCCUCUCCCAGCUGUACUUCAGUAUCCAGCUUUAGGGGAUUCGUACCACUUCACACUACCAGAGCCUACAAGCACCAGCCACAGCAGACAUUUUUAUAGGGUUGAUGAUGUCAUCCAGACAUAUUUCUCCAACUCCUCUGUGCGGGGUCUCCUCCGUCAGCCAUCUGCAGGAGCUGCAGCUGCUGCGUUCUGUGUCAACCGCAACCCUGCAAAGUUCUUGAGGUCUGUGUCUCUGUCUUGUACCCGCAAAGUGACUCCUCAGUCAUGCACCACAGAUCCAAAUCUGAGCGCCCGCUCCUACUUCUCUGACCUGAGGCUGAUCAAGAUUCCCAUAGGGGAGUUGGAGCCAGUGUCAGAUUUUCUGAUCCCAGUGACGCCGCUGUCUGAUUGGCCUGUACCAAGACAACAAAACAACUCCUGUAAAAACACAGUGAAAAAGGUGGAGUUUGUCAUAGGCUACACCGGCAGAGGUGAACUUACAUAUGCAACAGUGAAUGUCGCCUUGGCUGAUGUGGAUCCCAAUCAGAUGUUGCUGCAAACACACACUGUUCAAUUUCAGCUGGAUUCACCGAGCCUGACUCCAGGAGGACUAACGGCUGCAGUCGGUCUUCUUGCAGGAUCUCCUCUCAUUGGCCGUUUCGAUGACCAAGUGAAGCCUUUGACAUCACUGGGGGUGUCACAAGGUGGGGAAUGUUCCUCUGAUCCAAACAGACGAGCACCAGUCCUCUUUACAUACAACACCAUCGCUGGCUGCACAUUCAGUUCUGCAGCUAGAGACUGCUCAGAGCUGCGUUCACAGAUUUAUGGGAUCUUACAGGGACUCGCUACUCCUGAUGUGAUCGCCAUGAACUCAGGCUCCCAGCCGCAGUGGACGAGAGUCAUCACUCAGGAGUGCCCUGUCAGCCUGCAGGAAACAUGUGAAUCAGGCUGCGUCCUCCCCCACUCUCUCUCUAUCCAAUUGCUGUGGGCUCGCCAGGGUUUACUUGACCUCCCACAGAGUUACAUCCUGGGAGCUAAAUACUAUUUCCAGUGUCAAAAUGUCCAGUGUCCUUUGUCAUCCUCUCUUGCUCUGACCACCACAGUUACGUUUGCUGACGCUACAGUUUACCCAGAACCCCCCAGGAGUCUGCCUCAACCUCACUGGAAGUUUCCAUUUGGCUUCUUCACUAGAGGUGCUGCUGAGCUGGAUGGCCGUGUUGUUAUUAACGGCAGCGACACUGACAAGGUCACAUGGAGUUUAAUGCUGUUCACAGUCAUGUUGCUAACAGGAUUAGAAUUCUUCAUUAGGUAGCAGAAGAGGUAGCAGUGAGCAAUGAGGAAUUUUUUUGAGGACUUGCUUAUCUGAGGAAAAGUUUUAUAUGAAUGAACUGAAAUUGAUGUACUGAGUUUUUAUUUUGUCUGAACUUUUUUACAAUAUAAAAAGUCGUCCAAUUUAAGCAGCAUCCUAAAAUAGCUUAAUUUAUUCUUUUGUUCAUUUUAGAUUCAUUUUAUAAAUACAAACAUUUUUACAAGGCUGUUUUAGUCAUUAUAUUACUGAGGUAAAGAUGCAUUUCUUGCACACAGCUCCUCUUCUCUAUCGUCUCUUUGGUCUGUUUGGUUUCUGUGCAUUAUUUUCUCCCUUUUUCCAUUGAAGUUGACAUAGUUGAGGAGAUUCACUAUGGCAGCAGGAGUUAUACCUUCCAGACGAGUAGCAGCGCCCAGCUGGAGGACAAAGCAGAGGAUUAACUGCAUAUUCAUUUGUUUCUGGUAGACAAAAUGACCAUUUUUUUCCCAUAUUUUCAGAUGGAAAAAUGACAAAAAUGAUCAGCAAAUACUCUGAACGUUUAGACUCACAGUGCUUGGCCGAACUCGGUCCAGAAUCUCUCUGACUUCCUGAGACAGUGACACUGGCAAAGAAAGAUAAUCGAUGUCCUGUGGCAGAGACAUGUUCUCCUCCCUCUGAAUUCUCUCAAUCUCUUUCUUGUUUGCGUCACAGUGAGGCUUGUAAACAGCUGCAUGACAGAAAGGAGAAAUGUCCUACUGAGAAAGAGUUACCUAUGUUAUAGUAUCUUAAAAUGCCAGAACAUCAAAGCAACAUUUUGAGGCAAAGCAGGGUCAAAUAUUCCAACUAUAAGAGACGUCUGUGACUCUGAGUUUGUCACGUUUUACCUUCUAUCUUGAGUCUUUGUGAGAAUUCCAUGUAAGAUGAAAGGUGCUCUGGGAAGACAUUUGCCAACAUUUCAAAGGUCACGUCUUUGUACUGCAGCACAUCCAUACCACUGAAAAAGAAGCCAGAGAAAUUCUAUCAGCUGUGUCCUGACAUGUAAAGUUUGAAAUAUUCAGCUGUGAAUCCAAAUAUUUGUCACUCACGUUAGUAUGCUGCUCUUGGUCUCACUAAUAUGGAUGCCGGGCAGCUUUUUUCUCCAGUUGGUGGUGGACAUACCGAGAGCCCGAAGGGAUGCCAAUGCAUCCUGGAGGCUGUUCUUCACUCUUAAAGCCUCCUGGUAGCGCAGUGAAGACACACAGCCCGCCUCCUUCCACCCUGACAGAGGAAAAAUAGCAUGAGAGGAGAAAGGAGAGUCAUGACUCCAGAGCUUUUAAAUCCGGAUAGGCGUCUGUGAACGUCACAGAAAGAAAUGGAUUUACAGUCAGUCAGUACAUCCACAUUAGAAAUGGUUUAUGUUGUUGCCACUGACACCGUACCAACCUUUCAGACUGAGGCGGAGGUCAGCGUUGUCCGGCCUCAGAGAGGUUCGAAACUCAGCCCGGCUGGUGAACAUGCGAUAAGGCUCAGUGACGCCUCGACUCACCAGAUCGUCUAUGAGAACCCCAAUGUAGCUCUCUGUUCGAGACAGUGCUACUGGAGGCACGGAGAGCGCCCAGCGGGCAGCGUUGGUCCCCGCCCACAAACCCUGCUCAGACACAAAACAGUUUACUGUUUUCUGUACACAUGUAGAUCUGCUUCAGUGUAAUAUGGUAUGACCAUGGUGCUGCCAUGCUUUGUUACACCAGUGAUACACCAAUAAUAACAAACUAGAUCUGACAUUAACCUUCCUCAUCUUCAGGUUAGCUAGUAGUUCUAGCUAUACGAGAACAUGUUGCCUAUUGUAUUACUGCUAGAAAAUACAGCUACUCCAUAAACCUAAAAUUUAAUGCAAUAAACUCAGUACCAACUCGUUAAUUGCUGAGGAUGUUGUAUUUGUAAUUUUUUAAAUUGAUAGGCAGCAGUGUUGGCUAUAACGCAUUACUGUAGUCACAUUUAAUUUGUCAUUAUCACAUAACUGUUCGUAAAUUCAGUAACCACAUUACAGUUAAUAAUAAGUUACAACUUUUAUUUUAAAUCAGUAUAGCCUCCUGCCAGGGUCACCCUCAUUCUUUGACAUGCCAUUGAGCUUUUCUGUCAGAUUUUUUUCUGUGAAGUUUUCUUUGAGCUGGUUUUCAGCCAGCUUGGUUGUGAAUUUUGUGGUAAUACUUUGUUAAAGGGCAUAAAAGAAAGGUCUUGUGUAUAUCCUCCUUAUUAAGGCAGGAGUUUGUGCUGAUUUGUGGGCAUAUGUAAGGUUUAACAUUAUAUAUAUGUAUAAGGUCACAUACUGGAAGAAAAACAAUUGCCUCAUAGGUAACAUCACCUGCUACAGCUGAUAAUCACACUAAACAGGCCUGUCAUUUCAAUUAAGUUAUUUUGAUUGAU